AUGGCUUCCCCGGCGGCGGCGGGGCCCGGAGCCGCGCUGCCCCCGGCCGCGGCGCGCCGAGACUUCUACUGGCUGCGCUCCUUCAUCGCCGGAGGUGUCGCAGGAUGUUGUGCCAAAACAACCACUGCACCACUGGAUCGAGUAAAGAUUUUGCUGCAAGCUCAUAACCACCAUUACAAACACCUAGGAGUAUUUUCUACGUUGUGUGCUGUCCCCAAAAAGGAAGGGUACCUUGGGCUGUACAAAGGAAACGGGGCGAUGAUGAUCAGGAUCUUUCCCUAUGGCGCUAUUCAGUUCAUGGCAUUUGACCAAUAUAAAAAGGUAAUAAAGAACCAGCUUGGGAUUUCUGGGCACGUGCAUCGAUUGAUGGCUGGAUCCAUGGCAGGUAUUACAGCAGUGAUUUGUACUUACCCUCUUGAUAUGGUUAGAGUUCGCCUGGCGUUCCAAGUAAAAGGGGAACACAAGUACAUGGGAAUUAUCCAUGCAUUCAAGAUGAUUUACACAAAGGAAGGUGGUUUGAGUGGCUUCUACAGAGGGCUGAUGCCAACUGUGGUGGGAAUGGCACCGUAUGCGGGUUUUUCCUUUUUUACCUUUGGUACCUUGAAGAGCAUUGGGCUCGCCCAGGCCCCUCAGCUGCUUGGCCGGCCCUCGCUGGAUAACCCCGAGGUGCUGGUGUUGAGAACUCACGUGAACCUGCUGUGUGGGGGCGUAGCCGGGGCCAUCGCUCAGACCGUGUCGUAUCCCCUGGAUGUGACUCGGAGGCGGAUGCAGCUGGGAGCGGUUCUGCCGGACUCUGACAAGUGCCUUACCAUGGUGCAGACCCUGAGAUACGUGUACCAGCAGCACGGGGUGCGACGGGGGCUCUACCGGGGGCUCUCCCUGAAUUACAUCCGCUGCGUCCCCUCCCAGGCCGUGGCUUUCACCACCUAUGAGCUCAUGAAACAAUUCUUGCACCUCAGCUGAUCGUUUGUCUUAAAGACUUUUCUGUACAACUACACUAUCAAUCCUCAAAUGAUACUGGUGAAUAAAUGACUUGAAGUUUAACAAAAAAAGCUCUCUGUUACUGGGGACCUGCUGUGUCUGACACCUUUAUUUGCCAAAAUGUGGUGAUUUCCUGGAGUCAGAGCCGGGGGACACAUCCACAUAAACACGAGCUAGCUCUGAACACUUUUUUGCACUUGAUCUUUUAGGCUUCAUUAGAUGAAUUUUAGGAGUGGCACAGUUCUGGAGAUCCAUGUUUUACACAAGCUCCAAGCUGUUAGUUAUUUAGCUUUAUCACCAUUCCAGGAGUUACAUGCUGCUGAUUAUGCUGCCUUUGAAGCUAGUGAUUAGGUACCUGUUCUUGAAAAAUGGAAUGGAAUAAACUGAUUUGAACACAAUGCAGUGGUUUUGGCACUCAGAUCCUUGCCAGGUCUGCAGAAGCUGAGCUGGGCAGAGCACACUUCAGGCAGCCUUUUAUUGUUCUGUGUGCAAGAACAGGAAUUGCUGCCCACAAGGGAUCUUCAGCCAUUUCAGCCACAACCAGCAAGAUGCAUUCUGCAGUAUUGGGCAGCUUGCAGUUUGGAAAUUUCAGUGUACAUUGUAUUCUAAGAAAUGCUGUACUACACAAAUACAAGUGGGGGGAAAUUCACAGGCAUGAGUGCUAGAGAAGAUCCCCUUGUGGCAGGUGGUGGGGCUGAUCUCAGAAAGCUUUUCUGUGGAGCUGCAUGUUCUUGGUCUGGUGUGUUCAAGGCUGAGUAUGCUGUGAGUAUGUACUGUCCCAGUACUAGCUGGUGUAAACAGGUUUUCCCUCCCUUAAACCACCGUGCCAAAGAAACUGCAUGCUGCUGCAAUUGCUUAUUUAGGCACAGGGACCACGUGCAGCCUCACACAGAAAAGGAAAUGAAGAUUGUGUUGGCCUCUGUAGGUGUGUGUGUGCUGUUUGCUCCCCGAGCCAUGGUGUGCAAUGGAUUAUUGCAUGUUGGCCUCCUCCUGUGAUGCCUUUUCCACAAGGAAUUAUUUUAUACGGGAUUGGUACUCUUGAUUUUACUCACUUGAUUCAGGAAACUGUAAAGCAUUUACUUCACGUAAGUUAUUUAUUUAUUGUAAAUAUUUUAGUGUCUUCUCAGAAUUGGCAAAUGGUGAUGUUGAGUGCUGGAUGGUAAGACUGAUUUGCUUAAUUUUGACAAAUUUAACAAAUUGGAUUUUCAGUUAUAUAUUCAAUACCAACUUCUGUGGCUCAAUUUUUCCCCCAGUUUCUUAAAAAUACGUAUUUCUUUGAAAUUUACAGUGUAGCAAUGGGCAGAGAAUGAAAUGUAUCUGGAUAUAUUUUAUUAAAAUUUUUGAACCAGU